GCGAGCGGCGUCACGUCACGGGCACGGCGCAGGGAGAAAAACACGGAGAGCAGCGCAGCGCCGCCGCCACGGCCGCGGCCGACAGACGUGCACGCCGAUCCGCCGUGGGAAGGCUGCGCCACAUCGCCAAGGACAUGAAUUCAUCCUGCUAUGGGGAGAACUCAGAUGACGAGGCUCCUGAGAGAGAGGGGGUUCACCGUGUCAAAGUAGAGAGGGAGAUGGAGGACUGUGCAGAGGGCGGAGUUGCUAAUGGUCCGGGAAAGCGUGCCGCCGAGCAGGCUGGGGAAGGACCGGGCUCGGAACCAGACCUGCCAGGCAGCGCCAAAAGGGUCAAGGUGUCCGCAGAGGGUGUCCGAACAGGGGAUCACCUGCAGGGGAAGAACCCGGAGCAUGUGCCCAGAUCGCAGCUGCCCGGUCUGACGUCGUCGCUGGACAACAAGGACUCUUCACAUGAGAAGACCAUAGCGUCCUACAGGAAGCCACUGUACAGCAUCUCGCACCGAAUCACUGAGAAGAAAGCGGCUUCUGGGCUGGAGCAGCAGCCCCAGCAUGAACUCAGAGGAUGGCUGGGGUAUGGCGGCCUUCUGUUUCCCCGGCCCGGCAGCGGGGAGCACGGCCAGCGCGAAUCCGGCACGGCCCCUUCCUCCGCCGGAGCCAGCCCCACCUCUGUCGCCGAGAACGACUCCCACCUCUACCCGCUGAUCGAGAAGAUGUUCUUCAUUCUCAACAGUCUCAACUCCAGCAUGACCCAGCUGCACAGCAAGGUGGACCUGCUUUCACUGGAGGUGACCCGCAUCAAGCGGCGGAUCAGUCCCUCUGACCUGGUAGCUGAGUUCCAGCCUCCUCCAGAGUACCAGCUAACUAGUGAGGAGCUGCGCCAGCUGGUGGAUCAGACGUCCUCAGCUGGAGAGCUUGGCUGCCGCCUCCUGGUGCAGCUUUUCCCUGAGCUCUUCACCGUGGAGGAAUAUGGCAGGAGCUGUGCAGCGUGCGGCGUCACCAACAAGCGGACCCUGGAUUCUCUGCACCUGCAGCUCAUACGCAACUAUGUGGAGUUCUGCUUUCCGUUGGUCAAGAAUGGAAACAGCUGGCAAACGGAGUGCUUGCCCCAAAUCAAUGACUUCUUUAACCGCUUCUGGGCCCAGAAGGACAUGGAGAGUGGGGGGGUAGCUGGGAGGAGGACUUCUGUAGGGCUGGGACUCGGGUUCGAAGUGAAUUCCAAUCAGGCCUGCCACUACAUCGAUGAGGACGGACAGGAUGAAAGCCUGUCAUUGGAGACCAGGGACGACAACGUUGGCAACAGCAGCAGUAACAUGGUGUCUGACCUCGUAUUCGAUGCGCAGGAGGUUGGUGAGGAUCUUGAUGAGCUCUCAUCCCCGGGGGACUUUGCAGUUUUCUUAAUGCAUCGGCUUUUCCCAGAAGUCUUUGAGGAGGGGAAGCUCCCAGAGGGAUAUACUGCUUAUAAUGGAGCUGGAAAGCUGCUCUUAGAUGCUGAUCGACUGGAGAUUAUCAGGAAAUAUAUGGAGGCCAACUUUCCAGAUGUUCCUGAGGACAGAUGGCUGCAGCAGUGCAUCCAGCGUAUGGAGGAGGCUCUGGAGAGCACCCAUGGUAACGGCAGUGAGCCAGAGGUGGUGCGGGAUGAGAGUUUCGAUGCAGCGAGUCUGCCUGAUGAUGUGUCCAUCAUUAAGAUUGGGGAUUUCUGUGAGUACGAGAGACCAAGCCGCAGGUCAAAAAAAUCAUGGCUGGUUCCUAUCGACUUUGACAGAAUGGACAUCCCGGCACCAGACUUUGACGCGCCGCAGGAGUACCUACUGACUAAGGAGCAGUUGAGGAGCAACUACGAGUGCAGCCUAUCCAUCGGGAACUUUGCCUCACGGCUGUUGGUUCUGAUGUUCCCGGAGCUCUUCACUUAUGAGAACACGCGCAAGCACUACAACUGCAGCGGCUCGCUGGGCAAGAAGCAGCUGGACCCGGUUCGCAUCAAGCUCAUCCGACACUACGUGCAGAUGGUCUAUCCCAGAGCGAAGAAUGACAGGGUCUGGACCUUGGAGUUUGUGGGGAAGCUGGAUGAGCGCUGCCGGAGACGGGACACGGAGCAGCGGCGGUCCUACCAGCAGCAGCGCAAGGUAUAUGUCCCCGAGCCCGAAUCCGAAUCCAGGGACUCGAUACCAGCAGGCCAGCUUGGCACCGAGCGCUUUAAGGAGGACCUUGAGAUUCCCCCUCUGCCUCCUGAGAAAAGCAGCAAGGACUUCUGCAAGAUCCCCCUGGAGGAGCUGAGCAUCACGGCCCCAGACUUUCCCGUGCCUUCAGCCUACUUGCUUUCAGACUCCGAGGUGCGCGAGAUCGUCCAGCAGAGCCUCUCUGUUGGCAACUUCGCGGCGCGGCUCCUGGUCCGCCUGUUCCCCGAGCUCUUCACGCAGGAAAACCUACGGCUGCAGUACAACCACUCAGGUGCCUGCAACAAAAAGCAGUUGGACCCGGUGCGUCUGCGGCUCAUCCGGCACUACGUGGAGGCUGUGUACCCCGUGGACAAGAUGGAGGAAGUGUGGCACUACGAAUGUGUGCCCAGCAUCGACGAGCGCUGCCGGCGCCCUAAUCGCAAAAAGUGCGACAUCCUGAAGAAAGCCAAACGCUCCAGCAGCACCGGGUCCUAUUUAUGAAGCUGCUUCUGCCAGCAGUAUUUGCUAACAAACCUUAUGAUUUGCACAAAGGCGUAGACUGAGAGGAGGACAAUGCUUACAGGGGUCUCCCAUUGAUUUAGGCCAAUUUAUUAUAGGAUUCCAUAGUAUUUUCUAUAGUCCUGUGGUACAUAUUUUUUGAACUACAUAGAGCACCAGACAGCAUAGUUUAAUUAGGACACUAUAACUUUGAUUUUAUCGAGAUGGUAGACUUUAUUUAUAUAUAUGCCAAAAAUAAUAUUGCUGUAGCUAAUUCUAACUUUGAAUCAGGAGUUUAUCGUAUGUUGUUAUGCUGAUGGUCUAAUGACAGUAACUGUAAAUACAGAACUGAGAACACAAUGAAAAUGUAGAGGCUCAGAGAAACAGAGACUUAAGCGAGUAGAAGUGUGUUUACACUUUGGUACACAUACAGCUGGCUUGGAUCAGUAUCUGGUACCAGUGGUUUUGAUUAAAUGUCUAACAUUCUUACAGGAUUGGUUUGUCUAGCUGUAACCAUAGAGAUAGGUCAUAUCGCUCUUCGCCUGAGUAUAGUCGACUCUCCAUUGCCUAAGAGUUCAGGUAGAUAUACUUCCAUACCAUAGUACUAACUUUGAUGUGUAUGUAAUGCUAUCACAGGACAGACCUGUGCACUGUGCACCUGAGCAGAAGGUGCUAACAACAGUAUUACUGCCUUUUAAGUUUGUCUUGCCUGGGCCUGUAAACUGCAGGCAGAGGGGUAUCACCUACACAGUGCACUCACUGCCAGCAGGGGGCAGUGUCAAGGUGAAGCCAAUGCUUCAAGACCGUAAAAGUAACAGUAAUGCACGUGGCUGAAGGGGCCGACUGCACUUUGUGUGGAGGAAGGUGGCAGGUUAACCUUGUUGUUCUUCAUGCACUGACCGUUUCUUAAAACUUUAACUGAGCUUAUUAUCGAGUCCUUAAAGACUGUACGUUUCUUCUGUCCACAAUCCGAUGUAAUGCCACCGCCCCUAUCCUUUUUGAAACUAUGGUACACAUCUGUCACAAACUAGUUUGUAAGUAAAGGCAAAACGCAGUAGCA